UGCCGUGUGCAAAACUCUCAAGAUUUGCCAAGAAUGCGCUGGGAAUAGGCGCUGCAACCUCCCCGUCCUCCGUGGUUUUUUUUUUAUUCGUCAUCGUCUUGGCGUUCACAAGGAGGACUAUUUGCUCGGGAAGAGAUCCAAGUCGGCGGAUAUCUAUUUUGGUAGUUGUUCAGCGCAGGAGAGAAAAGACUCGAAGCACAAUGCCACAGUGGGGCGGCGGUGAAUCAUGCCCUGCAUGCGACAAGAGCGUGUACAAGGCUGAAGAGGCGCCGACAACGGUCAAGGGACGAAAGUUUCAUAAGCUCUGCUUUAAAUGCGCGACAUGCAACAAGAUGUUGGAUUCCACUACGGUGGCCGAGCAUGAACUCGCGCUGUACUGCAGGAACUGCUACGGGAAACACUACGGGCCCAAGGGAGUUGGCUUCGGUGCAGGGGCGGGCACCCUCGGCAUGGACAGCGGGGAGAGAUUCGCCAAGAAGUUAAUCACACAGGCGUGCAAAAAGAUGCUGGAUUCCACCACCGUGGCCGCUCACGACAUCAAGCUGUUCUGCAAAAACUGCUACGGCAAAUUUUUCGGGCCGAAGGGCGUUGGCUUCGGUGGAGGGGCGGGCUCCCUUAGCAUGGACAGUGGGGAGCGAUUCGGCGGCCCACGGAAUGAGAAGAAGGUGUUUUGAUUUCUCAAUCUUACCACCUUGUGAGGCCACACUUAAAUGUAGUCAGAUUGACUGGCAAGCAAACUUGUAUCUCAGUAAAUCCUAAUUAGUGUAGACUACAACUGGAAAUCAAUCCGAAGUUUAAAUCAGAAUUUUGGCGAUUGCCAGGUAAAUAUAGAAACCCAGAAUACCACUCACAAAAAAACCAAAUAAGCAAAACCAGUCGGUUUUUUACUAUGCUGUUUUAGGAGUGAAUAUCUGGCUUUUCAAUUGCACAUCGCAAGCUAUCUGAAAUAUACUUAGUGCGCAAAAUAGGUUUCAAAAAUGACAUUAUAAGUUUGCCUUUUUCGCUUUCAUGCAUGACAAGCUAUUCAAGUAAGAGUUUAUAAAACUUUGUAUUCUAGAAGCUGAGCGUAGAGUUAAAAUUCUAGCCGACGUUUUCAAAACAGCCGCCGAGAAUGACCUUUUCGACCUUUUCAUAACAGCGUUUUUUUUCGAGACACAAUCAGGAUUAGUUGAAAACACAACAACCACCUCUAAAAUGCGCUUUUAUGCAUGAUAAGCUAUUCAAGUGCGAAUUUAUAAAGCUUUGAAUCCUAGUCUAGACGACGUUUGCAAAACACCAACCGAAAAUGAACAUUGCAACCUUUUUAUAACAUUUGUUUUUGUCGAAACGCAAUCAGGAUUAGUUUUAAAAAAAAUAUUAAAACAAUAUCCGAAAAGCAGGUUACGGUUCAGUCGGAAAAGAAAUGCUAAAGUGGACGGAAAAUAGCAGAUUUUUUUUUUAACUGUUUGGGUGAAUGUAAGGGGACAAAUCUAAUUUGAGCAUGUUGAUCAAUUUCUCUCUUUUCGAUUUUUUUUUUUUAAUAAGUCGAGUUUAAUAUUAUUAUACGCUUUACAAGAGUAAUUGUCUAUUAUUAAAAAAAAAAAGCAGUUCGUCCAUUCACCUCUUAACGCAUUCAGUUAAACAUUCAUUGUGCAUGUUAUUUGAUAAUGUUAAUGGAUAUCGAAAUAUAAUGGGCAUACAAUUGUGCCAAUAUAUUAAUCCAUAUACAUGUACAUGUAGACGACGAUUGUCAUGGCAGGGUUUUCUUAUUAAAUCCUAUAAGAGAUACAUUUUAAUUGAUUGUUUUAAAUAAUUGAUUCUCAAUGGCAUACCGAGUCGUGGUGGUCACGAUUGAUUAAUUCGCGCCUUCUAUAUUGGUCACUCGGUAAAUUUAGGGUCCAAAUGAAAAUGUGACAUUUUUCCUGUCCUAUAGCUGUUACUUUGGUAUUUUGAAUGCCAUUCAACUAUGAGACGACUGCAUUGAGGAGCGCAUUAGAAUUAUAAAAUCAUCGACGUCAAUGUAAAAGGGGCAGGAAAAAAGUGGACCCCAAAUUUAUAGAGUGGCACAUUAAGGGUAUUAAACGUGAACCGGUGAAAGCAGCAUAAGUGCACACUGAUGAAACUUUCGGUGCGUGCUCUAGUAAACGUGUUCACACCGUCGAUCGUGGACGUCCUAUUGUCCCUCUUUUGUUUGUACUCUUAACUUUUUAGGAAGACUCCCAUAUGUCUUGUACACGACCCCAAUCGCGGACCUCAGUUGCUGGGAAUCGUGGACGAUAUUAUUCUCUUUUGUUCUCUGGAAUUUUUCGUCCACGGUUUGAAUAGAUGAACACGCCCGCUGUGACAGAUUGUAUCAUUGAAAGCACAUUGUCACUUUGUGUCUAGGAUGCCUAUUAUAACUACAUUGUAUUAAAUGCAUGCCCUCCGAUGUUACGUCAACUGCAUGCGGUCUAUAGCUUCAUGCAACAUCAAAAAAUGUGUAUAGGCCUACAGUAAACGGUUUAUUUAUGAUGAUGUUCAAGUUGGUGUCAAAAUUUCAGUGAGAAGUAAUAAACUUUGCAGAUACUCUU